AUGUUGGAACCCCACGACAGUCCGGACCUGGAGCACCUCACUCCAGAGGAAGCCAGCCGCAUCAUCCAUUCCCACCGCAAAGUCAGAUACGGUACCGCAUGUUGGCCAUGCCGCCAGCGCAAGGUCAAGUGCGACAACAAGCAGCCCUGUGAGAACUGUAUCAAGCGCGAUCACGCCCAAUUGUGUUCCUACAAGCCCAAUCGCUCCUCCUCGGGCAAGGGAGGAUCCGCCCAUGCUUCCGUCGUCUCAGACAGCGUCCUGACCAAGAAGCGUCACCACUCGCCCGACGAGCAUGACGACGCCCGCCCGGGUCCGGGUCCUAGCGCUGAGGCUGCUGCCAUCAAGCCGUACGUCGACGGUGAUUCCGCUGAGGUAUCACGGUAUCUCGGCCAGAACAGCAUACCUGCCCUCUUGCGAGAACAGACAUCAGAGCCACAAGAGGGUGUUGAAUACAUUCGCCAAGACAUGAGGUCCAUCUUUGGACUCGACAACUCGGCGCCCUUCCCGCUCAUGUCAUCGCGGCACCUAGACCGCAUGACCUCUGACAUCGCCGCUGAGCUCCCUUCAGAUCGCGAGGUCAUGAAGCUCUUCCGCACCUACAAGGAGACGCCCCACAAGUUCUGGGGCUUUGUUAUCGACAUUGACGAGCUCGAAUCGAGGUUAAUGAACUACCUCGAGGACCGGGCAAAGAAUGCCAGAAACUCCACCAAGGUCACCAAGCCCGUCUCGGCCUCCUGGCUCGCCAUCCUAUUCGCCGUACUGGCCGUAGGGUCCCAAUAUCACGACUCCCCAUAUCACAUCCGUACCCGCGAUUCGCAACGAUAUAUCCAGAUAUCAUUCCACUUCCUCAUGGUUGGAAAUUUCCUACUCCGACCCAAUUUUGAUUCGAUCCAAGCGCUGCUGCUUACUGGCUUCGUCUUGCUCAACGACAUGAAGGCCGAGGCAUCAUGGGCGCUUCUUGGGCUCACCAUCCGUCUCGCACAGUCCCUUGGCCUGGACCGUGCGUCACAUCUCGAGGGCCAUCAAUCUCCCGAUAUCGCACAUAGGGAACUAAUCAGGAGAAAGCUAUGGUGGAAAUGCGUUUGGCACGAUAACUUGACAUCAUUAUCUUUCGAUCGUGCGCCGAUGACCAACGCAGUCACAAGCCCUCCACCAAUGCUACCCGGCUCUGAGGGCAACUGGACCUACAUCGAGGCCAUGUACAAGCUCACCGACAUCAUCGCGAGGCGGCUCAACCCCGAUGCCCACGCCAACACUACCUACGAACAGAUCCUCGCCAACUGCGACGAGUUCGAGUCGAUCCGCACUAGCGUCCAGCCUCAGCUCCGGUCCAAAGAGGCCUGCAAGACCGCCAUGGACAGGCUACAGUACUUUGCCAUUCGGCUGCACACCUCCUUCACCAUCUCGGUCUGCUGCCGCCCCGCCCUCCGCCGGGGCGACGGCGGCAACCUGGACGCCGUCCAGAAGCAGCAGCUGGGCGAGAAGUGCAAGCAGAACCUCACCGAGACGGUGCGCAUGUUCCUCUCCAUGCACCAGCUCUCCGUCAUCCCGACGCGGUCGUGGGCCUUCACCUACAACGGCCUCUCGUCCGCCGUUCUCCUCGGCAUCCUCGGCGAGACCAAGACGGACCCGGAGGUCAGGCAGCUGCAGGGCGACCUCAUAGCCGCACUGUCGGCGACGGCCGCAAAGGAGCAGACCUCGCCGCCCACGCAUAUCCAAAAGUCCGACAGGGACAUCGAGCUCUCCGGGCCCUUGUCCCGCGCGCUGAUGGCGCUCAAGAACAUCUACGACCACGGCUCGAUCACCGGCCAGAACGUGCAGAACACAUCGUCGCGACGCAACUCGGCCGCCCUGGCGCAGUUGCAAUCUUCCCAAGUGUCUGCCAUCGGGAACGGCAGCGGGGCUGGCAGUGGGGCCGGGGAUGCACAGAAGGGCCUCACUUCGUACCCGCGCAACAACACGCCGGCUGGGGUUGACCCUCACCAAGAUGCUGCCUUGGCUAUGGCCGAAAUGCAGAAUGGGAACAAUUUGCAAGACUUUAACGCAACGAUGCCAUACGUCCCCUCGUUACAGCAGGGCGCCACGACCUUGCCUGAUAUGACCAACAUCGAUCCGGCGACGUACAUGUCUCCUAUGGAUCUGUAUGACCAGAUUUUCUGGGAAUCCCCCGACCCGUGGAACACGGGCAUGGACACGAUGAACUUUGACUUUCUUGCUCAGCCGCCGCCCGGUCAGCCGCCUCAGCAGCAAUUCUACUUUUAA